GUGGACAACGCUAACCAUCCUCCAGAGUAUAAUUUCCACUCGAAUACGUAUCCAUCCGGUACAGGAAAAUGCCCCCAAUGAGUCGAUCUCAUCCACCGCCAGCUGGACCCGUCGAGUCAGGUCCAACGUCAGGCCUCCAUCUAGCCCUGGGGCUCUGGCCCCAAUGUGGUGGCCAAAUCGUACUCGGAAGUGAUAGUUCCUAUCCACAUCGACCCCAUACAAGGCGUCUCGUCAGGAUGAGAGGAGAACGUUGUUACCUUCCCGUACCGCCGCAAGCCCUCCGCCCGUAAUCGUAAUUAAUUCCCCGACGGGACCCGGGAUUGUGGCGAAGGUUUCGAGACAUGGGCAAGACUGAGCCACUCGGACUGUAAAUCCAGGAACAGACGUUCAAAAUAGAAUUCUGAUGCUGUAAGGGACGGGGACGGCGGACGGCGGACGGCGGUUGGUAAUCAAGGAACGGUCUGUAAGGUACACUCACACACAGAC